CAAUGUGGCGGCGGCGGCAUGCCAGUCCCCUGGAUCAGUCGAACCAAAUUUCGCACUGUGACGCGCCAGGAGCGCCCGUUGGUGUGUUUUCCCGUAAAGAGAAAGUGUUCUUCCUUCGUGGGUAGAAUUGUGGCAUCUGAGGCUCGUCGCCGCAGAUUUUAUGGUAGAUAGAUUGAAUUCGGGCACACCACUGCGGCCACCACCCGCACUCAGGUCCCUCGGCAACCGCGAGGAAGCUCUCGAUGGCACUUUCCCCUUGACAUGGCACAGCAACUACACAUGUUUCAUCAGCUCCUACGAGACCGUUAUUUCUUGUUUCACUCUUAAGCUUUAAGUUUAACAAGUACUUACAUACCUGCUCUGUCCAUAACUACAAACAGGAAUCUUUUAUUGUGUCUCCGAGCAUAGAAACAAGGAAGUGCUUUGUAUAAUUCAUCGCCCCCCAAAGCUGCUAGCCUCCUCAACGUUAUUAUACCCGUGCUUUCCACCCGCACCCGCCUACCAAAACUAUAAAACACAAUGGCUCCCGCCGGCAAGAAGAAAACGGCGAAGCCAGACCCCGCGGCAGCAGAAGAUGUUGUUAUGGAAGAUGUGGCAGCAGCAACUGACGCAAAAAUCGCAGCCGAUGCUCCCACCGACCCAACCGCCGAUCAACAAGACGCCGAGCCUUCCGCAGCGAAAAAAUCAAAAAAUGCGAAGAAGAAGGCGAAAAAGAAGGGGAACAAGAAGCUCCGCGGCGCGUAUUGGGACACCAAUGAGGAUGGAGAGGAAGUUCUCAAAUUCGACGACUGGGCCAUGAACGUUUUGGGUUUAGCACCGACACAACCUCCUACCCCAGCAGCUGCACCAAGUAACGGCGAUAAAAAUAACCCAUCAUCCGAGCAGGCCACGUCAGCGACUACAAUAACCACCGCGAAGAAGAAAAUGGGGAAAAAGCAACCAGAGCCCGAGUAUUGGGAGGCCCCAGGGCGGGUGAGAAGGAGACCGAAGGAGUAUGUUUUUAGCGGGGAACUGAGACCCGGGAAGGUGAUGAAACAGGUGAUAUCAACUGCAAAUAUGUCUGGGUCUGGAAACUUCUGAUGCUAAAAUGUGGAUGAUGGAAACAGUCCCGAAUCCAACCUAGCAUGACAACCUUCCAGAACGGUUUCUCAUGGGCAAUCCGCAUGAGAAGUUGUUUGUAUGAACAAAAGACAAAGAGGCUGCGACUGUUGUAGGUUAUGCAAUACAGAUUUACUAGGUAUGGAAAGCUAGCAUUACAAGUUGCAACCUUCCAGACCCAGACAUAUUUGCAAUGCAUAGGUCAAGAUGCCGGAUUACAUCGAGGCCCCGGAUUACGCGGACCACCCAGAGGGACAUUGUCUCUCCGAGCAGCAGCACCCGGAAAACGUGGUGCCGGUGGUAUCAAAUGUAAAAAUGUCUGGGUCUGGGAGAUUGCAACUUGUGAUGCUGUGUUUGGAUUCCAAAAAAGUCUGUAUUGCAUGACCAGCAAAAGGAGUCCAGUUUGUGCUACGCGGAGAGGGCAUUUCUCAUGCGGAAUACGCACCAGAAAGCCCUCUCAAAAUCUGUGAUGCUAGGCCACGCAUUACAGGCAUCAUGUGUCAUGCAAAAUAUGCAUGACAAACCUGGCAUUCUUCCAGACCCAGACAUUUUUACAUUUGAUAGGUGGUUAAGGGCGACGAGUUGGAGAUCAUGCGGGAAGUGUGCCGGCUGGGAAGAGACGUGCUGGACUUGGCGAGCGGGUACUCGUUCUCUUAUACUUGAUUUUUUCGUAUGAGUAUGCAAAUUUUCAUUUUUGCAAGAGCAGUGGGUCUUCUAAUGCACUAAUACAAGGAACCGAAAUAUGCGCUCCUAGUUGCACGUGUUGCUCUCAAAAUGCAACAACGUGUUGGUAUGUUGCCGCUACAGAAAAUAAAUGGCACAAUUUGCGACCCAAGCACACUUCUAUCUUUUCGUAGUGUUGGAACUUGGUACUACUGUGUCAAACAGAUUUUUCUCUGCAGUUCCAUCACGCAUGACAAAUUCCAUUCGGAGUCGAUAUCAGAAAUUGCAUCGUGCUGACAACCAUAUAAUUUCAAACAGCUUUGCGCACCGUAGCUUGCACCUCGCGCGCCCCACUACACAUCACCAUCAUGAUCGGUUUUACAAACGCAGCAUGCGCCCGCGCCCCGUGCUUCUGCGUUGAAAUUCCGUAUGACAAAAGAUAUCACCGCUCAUCCACUUCAUAACUGCAAAUACAGCUACGUCUGCGUCGGCGUGACCGGGGACCAGAUUGACAAAAUCAUUACCCAAGCCUGCAUUGACCGCCGGAUUUACCCUUCCCCCCUCAACUACUACCGGUUCCCCAAAUCCGUCUGUGUGUCCGCAAACGAAGUGAUUUGCCACGGCAUUCCGGACGACCGGCCGUUUGAGGACGGAGACAUCAUCAACUUGGACAUUUCCGUCUACAGCAGAGGCUUCCACGCGGAUUUGAACGAAACCUUUUUGGUCGGGAAAUCCUACACCGACCCGGAGUAUUUCGAGAAACUGCCGGACGAGAAGAAAAGAACAGUUGAGGAGUCCGCGAAACUAGUUGAAACCGCCUACAGCGCGCUGUUGGCCGCGGCAAAGACGAUAAAGCCGGGAACAUUAUACCGGUCGGUGGGGAAUCAGAUAACAAAGGUCGCGGAGGGGAGAGGAUGCUCUGUGGUAACAGCGUAUUGUGGGCACGGAGUCGGAAAAUUGUUUCACGGGCCGCCACAGGUAUGUAGGUUUGAUUGUUGCUGGUGGGGGUAUUGAUGUUUUGGCACACGCGAUUGUACUCACUAUUCUUUUGGGUUGUUGUUCCGCAUGGCAAAUGCCUGCUGUUAUCACCAUUGCUCCAUGACAAACUCGAUUAUCAUGAAAAUCGUCAAAACAGGUCCCCCAUUACAAGGGCUCGAAGGUGCCGGGGAUCAUGAAGCCGGGGCACAUUUUCACCAUCGAGCCGAUGAUCAAUCUGGGGUUGAACAACAGCCACGACGGCAUUUGGCCCGACGACUGGACCGCGGUGACCAUGAACGGAGCCCGCAGUGCGCAGUUUGAGCACACGUUUCUGGUCACGGAAAACGGGUAUGAAUGCUUGACCUUGUCAGCGGAAAGGAUAAAACAGCAAGGCGGGUCGCUGCAAAUGCCAGAGUGGAAUCGAGAAUGGUUUCAGAGGUGAUGAAGGAAGGACGAAGAAAGUGAUAAAUGUAGUGGCACAAGUUCCUGAAGCUACCUGGAGUGUCGUGAAAAUUUUCCAAGAACUGAACAUUUUUUGCGACAUGCUGCAUCACGCAGCGCCACUGCUGCAGCUCUGAUGUGGCAUUGCGUCUUGACUGAUGGCAACGCUUUGCGAUAUCGGAUUUGAGAUAUUCGUUGAUGCACCAACUACCAAGGCUUGAUCUUUAGCUACAUUGUGUAUUCGCUGGGAGUUUCGAU